AAACAGUUCGUGCUUUAGCCUGAGCCUCCGUUGAUUGACACUAGCCUUUGAAAGGUGUUUAAUCAGCUCCCGGUUGCAGUGAAUGAGUAACGGACGUCAUGGAGCCUGACUGAGGGCGCGUGAUGGAGCACUUUCUCCUCUCGGUCUGCAGAGACCGUUCGUGCUCCCUGUGACGCAGGCGCCUGCGCUGCAUUAUUAAUGACCGCACGUCUCCCUUCAAUCGGACAAUUAAUGACAGCACGUCUCCCUUUAAUCAGACGCGUGUCCCCUCAAACGGACGAGCCUCCUCAGACAAUCCGGUGUCGACCCAAACGACCAGAUAUCCCAAAAGAAACUAACUUCUAGGCAUUGAUUUUCUGACCGCACAAUGGCUACCCAGCUGCAAACCGCCAUGGAGGGCCUCAUUGCGGUGUUCCACUCCUACUCUGGGAAAGAAGGGGACAAGUACAAGCUGAGCCGGGGGGAGCUGAAGAACCUUCUGCAGGGGGAACUCGCUGACUUCCUGUCGGCCAGCAAGGACCCCUGUGUGGUGGAGAAGAUCAUGCACGACUUGGAUGAGAACCAGGACGGGGAGGUGGACUUCCAGGAGUUCGUCGUCUUGGUCGCCGCGCUGACCGUCGCCUGCAACGAGUUCUUCAUCGACGCCGUCGAAAGCUCCCGCAAAGCCGCCAAGAAAGUCUAACCAAUAACCUCUUUACACAAAUCAUUCAAGACAUUAACCCUAAUCGCAGAAAACAGCCGCUUUGUCUUUGUGGUCAUCAGUCUCAAUAAAGAAUUCAUCCGCUCA